UCGUGCUGCAUGUGUUCGAAUGAAAACGCAGGGCGGGUCGGAAAACCUGACCCUGCCCCUGCCGCCUAGAUCCAAACAACCACCUGAUUUUAGCGGCUAAUUUGAAAUUCUUAUCUUUGCUAAACCCGCCAAAAAACAAAACCUGCGAACCACAGUGGCAAAUCAACACUAUUCCCCCUCAGCUGUCUCCCCACGCACAGGUUUAUGCAGGGGAUAGUUCUGGUGGAUUUGGGGACGAAGAUUUAGUUGGUUUUCUUUCAGUUGAAAGAUGUAUGGGAGAAAGGCAUUCCAGCUGGUGAAAGAACUUGCAAGUGGCGAAAAGGGGCAGCUCACACCUUACAAUAGCGACUUGUUUGAUCAAGUGACUGCAGAAUGUAGUCAACAUCACCUUGAGCUUCAGUCUUUGAUAAGAAAGAUCCAAGAAGAAGGUCUGGAUGUCCAAACAACUAGAAAUUCAGAACACUAUGGAUCACUCAUCCACCACCUUUCUUUAGUUCGCAAUAAGCGCUGUUUAAUGGCAUAUGUGUACAACAGAGCAGAAAUUAUAAGAAGUUUGAUAUGGAAGGUAGGUCCUGUGCUUCCUCAAGAAAUUCAAGAGAGGCUAAGUCACACAGAGGAAGAGUAUUUUAAGAGGCAUUCUGCAGCUUUGCAAUCAUAUAUGUCAAGACUUGACCUUGAUUUGACUGUGGAUAUGGUGCCACCCAAAGAUCCUUACAUCCAGGUGAGAGUCCUUGACGAUAUCGGUGUGGUACUCAGUGACGAUAAGACAACCAAUUUUGCUCGCCACUCUAUGCACUUCCUUAAACGAACUGAUGCUGAGCAAUUCAUCUCACGGGGUUUAAUGGAGGAACUCACAGACUGACUCAGCAACCUUAUUUAUUAUAUUUCGCAAAAACUGUAGAGAAGAGACUCCAUAUUGCAAAAUUUCGAAGUGUGUUUUUUUAUGAGGGUGUUGUUUAAAAUCACGUCGCUGGUUUUUGGGCCCCCUGCUUUCUCGAUAAUUGGUACGAGGCCUUGCAUUGCUUCUAAUAGCUACUCUUAUAACUGCUGCCCAAUACCUUGUGGAUUAGAUCUUUAAACGUCUGUGGCCUUGGUGAAAGUAAGAAACUCUGGUCUGCCUCGGCGAAAGGGUUUAGAUUGCAAACCCUCUCAAAGUUCAAGCAGGUCUGCCUGUAGUAAUUCUAUCAUGGAUACACCCGAAUCGGAAGUAAGAAACAGUACUUCCUAAGCUAAAUUGAACCUUCUCCAUUUUCGAUUUGGCACAGGUUGUUCGAGUUAUAAAA